AUGGAUGAUGGGAUCGGGCACCCCAUCCCCUCCCCCAUCUCUCUUUGUCUUCCUGUCUGGCCAACGGCCAGUCGGCCACCCCAUCCCCUCCACCCUCCCCCAUCUUUCUUUGUCUCCCUGUCUUCGUCUCUAACAGACAACAUCAGUGCGCAUCAGAUCUAUGCAGUCGUAAUUCCACAAGUUGCUUCUUCUUCAUUUCGCAACCGUAUCAGAUCUUCGUCUUUUCACCUGCGACAGUCUCGCUUCUGCCUCCGCACGCCGCCACCGCUACCGCAACAGUCUUCCAUCGCCGCCCAUCGCGACAGUGCAGCCACUGCUACAACCUUCACCUCUGCCUUAGCGACCAAACCGCCGCCUCCCAUUGCCGCCAACAACCUCCGCGAGUCGCAACCGCAUCAGAUCUCCGUCUUUCCACCUACGACAGUCUCGCUUCUGCCUCCGCACGUCGCCACCGCUAUCGCAACAGUCUUCCAUCGCCGCCCAUCGCGACAGUGCAACCACUGCUACAACCUUCGCCUCUGCCUUAGCGACCAUCCCGCCGCCUCCCAUUGCCGCCAACCACCUCUGCGAGUUUCCCAUCGUCUCUCACCGCUUGCUACGGGUCAUUUUUUAGAUUCGAUGUUUGUUUAUCGACAUGGACAACUCUUUGGUGAGAUUAUUGUCGUUGCUGCCUUUUCCUUUCGCUCCUCUCUCCUGUCAUGCAAAUCUUCAGACAUUAUACUGUUGUACGACGCAAACGCACUAGCAAUUUGACCUCUCAAAUUCUUGUUAACACUCAUUUUACCACUACCAGUCAUCUCAUCCACACUCCUUUUGCCCGUAGAAUUAUUCCCAUAACUUUUAGGUAGGUUGUCUGUGUUAGUCAUCAUAAAGUUAUCUUCA